GCGGGGCGGGGCGGGGCCGGGGGCGGGGCCGGCGGCACCGACGCGGAAGCGGCAGGAGCGCUUAGGGCUGCUGCAGGGAUGCUGCUACCCAGGCUCUUUGGGCGGCUGAAGACAGCGGUCGUCGGGGUGGUGCACGUGGGAGCGCUGCCAGGGACACCAAGAAGUUCUCUUCCAUUGACCCAGAUCAUUGAUCAAGCUUGUCAAGAGGCAGAAGUUUACAAGAAUGCUGGAGUUGAUGGCUUGAUAAUAGAAAACAUGCAUGAUCUUCCUUACACGGUGUGUCCUGGGCCUGAAGUAACUGCAGCGAUGACAGUCAUUAGUGCUGCAGUGAGACGAGCCUGCCCCCAUCUAGCACUGGGUGCCCAGAUCCUGUGUGCUGCAAAUCAACAGGCGAUAGCAGUUGCUCUUGCUGCAGGUCUUGAUUUUAUCCGUGCUGAAGGGUUUGUGUUUUCUCAUGUUGCUGAUGAAGGGAUUAUAAAUGCCUGUGCAGGUAACCUGCUACGAUACAGAAAACAAGUUGGAGCAGAGAACAUUCAGAUUUUUGCUGAUAUUAAAAAGAAACAUAGUGCUCACGCUCUGACGGCGGAUGUCAGCGUGGCCCAGACCGCUUCGGCGGCUGAGCUCUUCCUGGCUGAUGGGGUUAUACUGACUGGCACAGCAACUGGACUGCCUGCAGAUCCCCAGGAGCUGAAAGAGGUUAAAGAUACUGUGAAGAUUCCUGUGCUGGUUGGGUCUGGAGUGACUCUGGAGAACGUGAUGACUUACUUGGAUGCAAAUGCUCUAAUAAUUGGUUCGUAUUUCAAGAAAGAAGGUUAUUGGGCAAAUGCUGUUGAUCCUGGCCGAGUAAAGAAAUUUAUGGAACAUAUACGUAAACUGAGAGAGUGAAAUUGUCAGUAAACAGUAUUUUUUCAUGUGUGUGUAUAAAUGUAUUAUGAUACAUCAUACAGAAUUAAAGCACAAAUGUGUGGUUGAAGGGCUAAUAACUUGAAAUGAAAACACUCAUCAUCUCCAUAACUAGCUGGGAAACAGGGUGGCGCUUACAAUAAACUUGCUCUGAUAUAUGCUUCUAGGCAGCACAUUUCUGUGGCACUCAAAGCCAGCGUUAACACAAAACCAACUCUCUGAAGUCUUGUAUAAUGUAUUAUCUCCUAUAAGUAAAAUGCUAUGGAUUUUAAGAAUUUGUAGUAAAUACUCAUCACAGGUGAGCUGAGUUUUUUUUUGCUUGUGAGUACAAUAGAAUGCCCUUAGUUUACAGGUAAGAGUGGUAAAUUGGACAAGUUAAUUACUCUUUCAGUUUCCCCAUCUGUAAAAUGAUGAUAAUAGAACCUACGUCACAUGGGGGUUGUAAGACAUAAUAAAUGAAUGAAUGUACAGCUCUUUCAUCUCUUCAAAUGAAGGGCUCUUUUAAAGUUCAAGAUCUUUUUUUUUUUUUCAUUAGAAUUGUGUAUUUAUUACAAAAAUGUAGUCAUUGUAUCCCAUAUAAAAUUUUAGGAUAAUUGGGAAAUUGAUUUACUUACAAUACUUAUUAGGUAGUUAAUGUAAACAUUUAAUUACAUUUUAAGUAGAGUUGGAAUUUAGUCAAAAUGUUUUCACAAAAAAUGGAAAUUUUAAUAAAGGUUUAUUGUUAUUUUUCAGCAAGCUCCUACAGCUUUGUACCUCUCCAGACUAGUAUUAGUGAUGUUAAAACCUGCCAGGUUCCCUCCAAUACACAAAGUGUAAUUAUGAUGGAAACCUUUCUAACAAAGCUGACAGCUAAACACAGAUUUUUAUUUUUUCCUGUAAAAUGUAGAGGGAAAAUAUUACAGUCUUACUAUGUGUGUUGUGAGAGGUUCCCCCUGAAUUUGAUCUUUUAGCUAUAUGGAAGUUUAAAAGAACCCAAAGAACAGUAGCCAUCUUCAAAUAGUCAGCUGAAAACUACGACCAGUACACUGCUAAGGAUUGUUGUGUGACAAUAAUUAUCUUUAAAGAAACUGAUUACAGUUGCCAAAGUCACAUUCAUCACUGUGAGUGUGAAAAUACAAUGUGUUGCCAGCAUCUUUCUUGA